AUGGUGACGGUGGAGGAGCUGCGGGAGAUGGACUGCAGCGUGCUCAAGAGGCUGAUGAACCGGGACGAGAGCGGCGGCGGCGGCGCCCUGGGGCUGCCGAGCGGCGCCAAGUGCCUGCUGCUGGACUGCAGGCCGUUCCUGGCGCACAGCGCGGGCGCCAUCCGCGGCUCGGUCAACGUGCGCUGCAACACCAUCGUGCGCCGGCGGGCCAAGGGCGCCGUGAGCCUGGAGCAGAUCCUGCCCGCCGAGGACGAGGUGCGCUCCCGCCUGCGCUCCGGCCUCUACUCGGCCGUCAUCGUCUACGACGAGCGCAGCCCGCGCGCCGACAGCCUCCGCGAGGACAGCACCGUGUCGCUGGUGGUGCAGGCGCUGCGCCGCAACGCCGAGCGCACCGACAUCUGCCUGCUCAAAGGUGGCUAUGAGAGGUUUUCCUCCGAGUAUCCAGAAUUCUGUUCCAAAACCAAGGCGCUGGCAGCCAUCCCGCCCGCAGCGCCCCCCAGCACGGCCGAGUCCUUGGACCUGGGCUGCAGCUCCUGCGGAACCCCACUGCACGACCAGGGGGGCCCGGUGGAGAUCCUCCCCUUCCUCUACCUCGGCAGUGCCUACCACGCCGCCCGGAGGGACAUGCUGGACGCCCUGGGCAUCACGGCCCUGCUGAACGUGUCCUCUGACUGCCCGAACCACUUCGAGGGGCUGUACCAGUACAAGUGCAUCCCCGUGGAGGACAACCACAAGGCCGACAUCAGCUCCUGGUUCAUGGAGGCCAUCGAGUACAUCGACGCGGUGAAGGAGUGCCGCGGGCGCGUGCUGGUGCACUGCCAGGCGGGCAUCUCGCGCUCGGCCACCAUCUGCCUGGCCUACCUGAUGAUGAAGCAGCGCGUGCGGCUGGAGGAGGCCUUCGAGUUCGUCAAACAGCGGCGCAGCAUCAUCUCGCCCAACUUCAGCUUCAUGGGGCAGCUGCUGCAGUUCGAGUCGCAGGUGCUGGCCACAUCCUGCGCCGCCGAGGCCGCCAGCCCGUCGGGGCCCCGGUGCGAGCGCGGCCCGGCCGCCGGCACGCCCAGCUCGCAGUUCGUCUUCAGCUUCCCGGUGUCGGUGGGCGUGCACACGGCCCCCAGCAGCCUGCCCUACCUGCACAGCCCCAUCACCACCUCCCCCAGCUGCUAG